GUCGUCGCGGUCGCAUUAGUCGCCCGGCUGAUAAAGUCUGAGCUCUAAAGAUGUAUAAAACACACCUGGCUGGCAGGUGUGCUCUGUCCGUCACCUGUCCGUCCGUGUUGUUGUCAGACUGCAGAGAUGUCGGAGGAGGCCGUGGUCGUCCUCGCCGCUGUGACCGUGCUGGGCGUCCUGCAGCAAGCAUAUUUCUCCCUGCAGGUGAUCUACGCCAGGAGGAAGUAUUCGGUGUCUCCGCCCGCCACCGCCGGACCACCGGAGUUUGAGAGGAUCUUCAGAGCUCAGGCCAACUGUUCGGAGUAUUUCCCGAUCUUUAUUGCUGUCCUGUGGAUGUCCGGAGUCUUCUUCAGUCAAGGCUUGUCUUCGCUCUGCGGGUUGCUGUAUUUAUACGGACGUCUGCGCUACUUUCAUGGAUACUCUGAGGCGGCACAGCGACGGCUGGCUCCGCUGUAUUUCAGCGCUCAGGUUCUGUGGGUACUGAUCGGGUUCUCGGUUCUCGGCGUGUUCCUCUCGUUCUGCAGAGUUUACCUGGAGGUGGACCUGCUGCUCGAGCUCGGCUCUGCCCUCGACCUGGUCUGAAGGGGUCAAAGGUCAUGGGACUCAAAGUGGGACUUACUCUUUCCUUUCUUUC